CCCGGCAGAAGGCCCAUGGAGCCUGGGGCCACAGGCCACAGGGGACAAGGGCCAGACACCCUGGCCAUGGCUCUGGGCCAUUGAUCCAGCCCAGGGAGGCUGGGUGGGGGGUAGGGAGACCUUGGCCUGGACAAACAGAGGCUCUGGGGCCUGCGUGCCGGCCCGGCACCCACCUGGCACUCCCAAAGGAUGCCCGUGGCCGAGGCGCCCCAGGCAGCGGGCGGACAGGGUGAUGGAGGUGACGGAGAGGAGGCAGAGCCGGAGGGGAUGUUCAAGACUCCUGAGGACUCCAAGAGAAAAGCCCGGGACUACCUCCGCCUGGCGCCGCUGUGGCUGGCCCUUGUUGUGCUGGCUUCAGUGGGGGUCCUGCUCUGGUAUUUCCUAGGGUACAAGGCGGAGGUGACGGUCAGCCAGGUGUAUUCCGGCAGCCUCCGCGUGCUCAAUCGCCACUUCUCCCAGGACCUCGCCCGCCGGGAGUCCAGCGCCUUCCGCAGUGAAACUGCCAAAGCCCAGAAGAUGCUCAAGGAGCUCAUCGCCAGCACCCGCCUGGGUACUUACUACAACUCCAGCUCAGUCUACUCCUUUGGGGAGGGACCUCUCACCUGCUUCUUCUGGUUCAUCCUCCAAAUCCCCGAGCACCGCCGGCCGAUGCUGAGCCCCGAGGUGGUGCGGGCCCUGCUGGUAGAGGAGCUGCUGUCCACGGCCAACAGCUCGGCCCCCGCCCCCUACAGGGCCGAGUAUGAGGUGGACCCCGAGGGCCUGGUGAUCCUGGAAGCCAGCGUGAAAGACAUAGUUGCACUGAACUCCACGCUGGGCUGCUACCGCUACAGCUACGUGGGCCAGGGCCAGGUCCUCCGGCUGAAGGGGCCCGACCACCUGGCCUCCAGCUGCCUGUGGCACCUGCAGGGCCCCAAGGACCUCAUGCUCAAACUCCGGCUCGAGUGGAAGCUGGCCGAGUGCCGGGACCGGCUGGCCAUGUAUGACGCGGCUGGGCCCCUGGAGAGGAGGCUCAUCACCUCGGUCUACGGCUGCAGUCGUCAGGAGCCGGUAGUGGAGGUCCUGGCGUCCGGUGCUGUCAUGGCGGUGGUCUGGAAGAAAGGCCUACACAGCUACUAUGAUCCCUUUGUGCUCUCCGUGCAGCCUGUGGCCUUCCAGGCUUGCGAGGUGAACCUGACCCUGGAGGGCCGUCUGGAGCCGCAGGGCGUCCUCAGCACGCCUUACUUCCCCAGCUACUACUCGCCCAGUACCCACUGCUCCUGGCACCUCACGGUGCCCUCUCUGGACUACGGCUUGGCCCUCUGGUUUGACGCCUAUGCUCUGCGGAGGCAGAAGUAUGACCUGCCGUGCACCCAGGGACAGUGGACAAUCCAGAACCGGAGGCUGUGUGGCCUGCGUACCCUGCAGCCCUACGCCGAGAGGAUCCCCGUGGUAGCCACUGCCGGCAUCACGGUCAACUUCACAUCCCAGAUCCCCCUUACCGGGCCUGGCGUGCAGGUGCACUACGGCUUGUACAACCAGUCCGAUCCCUGCCCUGGAGCGUUCCUCUGCUCUGUGAACGGACUGUGUGUGCCCGCCUGCGACGGGGUCAAGGACUGCCCCAAUGGCCUGGACGAGAGAAACUGCGUUUGCAGAGCCACAUUCCAGUGCCAAGAAGACAGCACGUGCAUCUCACUGUCCAGAGUCUGUGACCGGCAGCCUGACUGUCUCAAUGGGAGUGAUGAAGAGCAGUGCCAGGAAGGGGUGCCUUGUGGGACAUUCACCUUCCAGUGUGAGGACCGCAGCUGUGUGAAGAAGCCCAACCCGCAGUGUGACGGGCUGCCCGACUGCAGGGACGGCUCCGACGAGCGGCACUGUGACUGUGGCCUCCAGGGCCCCUCCGGCCGCAUAGUGGGCGGGGCCGUGUCUUCAGAGGGUGAGUGGCCCUGGCAGGCCAGCCUCCAGGUUCGGGGCCGACACAUCUGUGGGGGGGCCCUCAUCGCUGACCACUGGGUGAUAACGGCCGCUCACUGCUUCCAGGAGGACAGCAUGGCCUCCCCGGCGCUGUGGACCGUGUUCCUGGGCAAGGUGUGGCAGAGCUCGCGCUGGCCGGGGGAGGUGUCCUUCAAGGUGAGCCGCCUGCUCCUGCACCCUUACCACGAGGAGGACAGCCACGACUACGACGUGGCCCUGCUGCAGCUCGACCACCCAGUGGUGCGCUCAGCCGCCGUGCGCCCCGUCUGCCUGCCCGCGCGCUCCCACUUCUUUGAGCCCGGCCUGCACUGCUGGAUCACAGGCUGGGGCGCCCUGCGCGAGGGCGGCCCCACCAGCAACGGGCUGCAGAAGGCGGACGUGCAGCUGAUCCCACAGGACCUGUGCGGCGAGGCCUACCGCUACCAGGUGACACCCCGCAUGCUGUGCGCCGGCUACCGGAAGGGCAAGAAGGAUGCCUGCCAGGGCGACUCGGGAGGUCCACUGGUGUGCAAGGAGCCCAGUGGCCGCUGGUUUCUGGCGGGGCUGGUCAGCUGGGGCCUGGGCUGUGGCCGGCCCAACUACUUUGGUGUCUAUACCCGCAUCACAGGGGUGAUUGGCUGGAUCCAGCAGGUGCUGACCUGAGGAGCUCCCCUCCCUGCAGAGCUGGGGCCCACCUCCUGGACUCAGGGAGUCCAGGGCACCCGCUAGGCAGGGGAGCAAGUAUUCUGGGGGCAGCAGGGCCCCGUGGAGGCUGGAGGUAACAUCCCAUCGUCCCCCAACCUGCUCCCUGACAUCUGCCCCAGGGAGGGCAACAGGAGAAGGGCCGUUAGCUGGUGGUCAACUCCCUCUGCACCCCAGGGCCCUGACGGUCAGCAGGCCCAGCUGGAGGGGUUCACAUCCAGCCUAUUGCCUCCUGAUUCUCUCUCCUCCUUCCCCUUCCUCUGCUACUGAUUUGGGGGGGCGGGGCGGGGAAUGGUUCAGCAGUGAUAAUGGGGCUUCCGGGUCCCAACAGGGGUGCCUGAGCUCCCCUCUGCCAACGCAGAGAGCAGAUUCAGCCUGUGAACUUGAGGGGUGGGGAUGGGAGGCGCCCCCAAGGAGGGGCCCCCAGAGCCCUGGAGACAGCCAAGUGGGCCAGCUGCCACCGUAAGCCAAAGGGUGGGGGGAGCCCCGGGUCUAGGGUCCUCACCCCACCCCUACCUGCCCCUGGGCCUCCACUGCCCACUCUCACCUGGAAGUGAGCUCCAUUGCCCUGUGGAAUAAAGCCAUUCGAUCUGA